CCGCCCCGCCCCGCCGAGGGCCGAGCCAUUCCGGGAAGGCGCCGGCUCCGCUCCGCGCGCCGCUCCUCGCAGCGCCGCACGCCGCGGGCGCGGACAGCAGCCGCCGCCGCAGCGCGCUGGGCCCCGCGUCGCUCUGGUGCCGGGCCGCGCCGUGCCGUGCCGCGGGGCGCCGAGCGGCGGAGCGGGCUGCGCCGGCGGGGCUGGUGGUGCCGGGCUGCUGCGCGCAUUUCGCGGGGAGCGGCGGGCCGGGGGGGCGGUGGCAGGACAAGUGGCCGGAGCGAGCCGGAGGAGGGGGCCGGCCGCCGCGUAGUUGCUCUGCCCGGGGUAAGUUGGGCGAUCCCCCUUAGAGGCUUCACCCCGGGGGCUGCGGCGCUUCCUCCCCGUUCCCUGCCAGCCCGAGCCCCGUGGGGGGAGGUGUCCUUUUUUUUUUUUAAAAAAAGAAUUUUCCCUGGGUUGCUUUUUUAUUAUGGGGUCUGGGGGGGAGCAGAUCUUGCAGGCUGGCGUUGCUGUCCUUUCUUGUCCAGCGAUCUGCGGAGGACUAUAAUAUUUCUUCCCCAAGAUGCUGCAGUAAAUUUUAGUCCCAGGAAAUCAGGUGAACAAAAUAACCCGAAUAAGCCAAACCAUUUGUUACUGUUUAAGAACAGACGCUGUCUAGGCACAGAUGAUGGCAAAAAAUUCCCUGGAAGGGUCUAAAGAAGACCUGAGCAAAAUUUCAGAAGAGGAGAUGCUGAGGUGGAGCAAGGAAGAGCUAGUGAAAAGACUGAGGAAAGUGGAGAAUGAAAAGAUGAACUUAAUGGUGGAACACGGCAACUUAAUGAAGGAUGUGAACCGACGGCUGCAGCUCCACCUGCAUGAGAUCCGCGGGCUGAAGGAGGUGAACCAGAAGUUGCAGGACGAUAACCAGGAGCUGCGGGAGCUCUGCUGCUUCCUGGACGACGACAGGCAGAAAGGCAAGAAGCUGUCGAGGGAAUGGCAGCGGUUCGGGAGGCACACGGCCAGCGUGAUGUGGAAGGAGGUGGGCAUGUACCAGCAGAAGCUGAAGGACCUGGAGGCGAGGCAGGAGACCCUGCUCAGGGAGAACGUGGAGCUGAAGGAGAUGGUGCUCAUGCUGGAUGAGGAGCGGAGCGGGGCUGGCUCGCGGAGCUCCAUCGACAGCCAGGCCAGCCUCACCAACCUCAACGGUGGGUCGGGCACCAGGGACGUGGGGGACGGGAGCAGCACCUCCAGCACGGGCAGUGCGGGAAGCCCCGACCACCAUCACCACCACCUCCACCACCACAAGCCUGGUGACAGCAAGGCCGGGGCCAUGCGGAGGUCUAUGGAUGACCUGUCUGCGCCCCUUCACCACCGGAGCAUCCCCAACGGUCUCAAUGAUCCGUCUUCCAACUAUAUCAGGCAACUUGAAACAAAAGUGAAACUGCUGGAGGAUGACAACAAGCUUCUCUGUCAGCAGUCCAGCACUGGGGAUUUGAGGACUCUCAGAAAAGGGUUAUCCCCGUACCACUCUGAGUCACAGCUGUCGUCACUGCCGCAGUAUCAAGAUGCCAUGCAAAAUGGACCAGCUCGCAUGACAUCUGAUCUUGGGUCUUCUCCUGCAACAGGGUAUGUCCCUGUUGGUCAGAAACCAGAGGCUGUUGUGCAUGCUAUGAAGGUCCUUGAGGUCCAUGAAAAUUUGGACAGGCAAAUGCAAGAUAACUAUGAAGAAGACCUGAGUGAAAAGGAGAAAGCGAUUGUUCGUGAAAUGUGCAAUGUUGUCUGGCGAAAGCUGGGUGAUGCUGCAAGCUCCAAACCCUCCAUCAGGCAACAUCUUUCGGGAAACCAGUUCAAGGGUCCAUUGUAGAAAUAUCAUCCCGUAGACUGCAAGUGACUUCAUGAAGACUGAAAGAGUUACUGUUUCUGGCUGCCUGUUCUGUGGGAGUUGGGGGUUGAUUUUUUUUCAGGCUUUUUUCCUAUUUUUGUUUUUUUGUAACUGUCAAUAGUGUAAAUAUGGCAGCUAAAAGCCUGAUUUCAGGCUGUGGUGCUCUGGAACCAAUGUUCGAUGGGUAACCAUUCAGUAAUGCCAGACUUGCAUCAUUUGUAUUGUAGUUCAAACCUGCUUUGUUGUAUGGUCUGUUUGUAGAAUUAACUUGAGAGAAUUUCUAAGAACAAGAAGAAGAAACCUUAGCCUGCGGAGAAGUCACAGUUUGUAUUACUUCUGUCCACCUGCUUGUUAACUGAUUCAUAACUAGGCUAGUGGCUCCAGGCAGCACAUUUUUUUGAACCUUCCAAGGAAACAGCAAUUUGAAUUCAUUGGUUUACGGGCUGCCAAUUUCCUAAGCUGCUAAGAUUUUUUUUGGAGGUCCUUAUUUCGGGGAAUGACAGAUGACUGUUUUCACAAGGCGCUGUGUAAAACACUGAUCGGAGGGAUUAAACGCUUGUACCACUUAGUACAUUGUACUGUGGUACUCAUCUCACAAGCAUACAGAAAAGCUUGAGACUCCGUAUGAGCUGUUAAUGACUGAUUUUUUCAUGAACAAAUGACACUUAAGAUUUCUGCAGUCAUAAUGUCAAUGAAUUGAAGUCACUUAGCCAGACACCAGUAUUCCCUACAAAUAUGGCAACACUGUUCCUGUAAAGCUUUUGUUAUUAAACAAUUCAGCAGAAACAGCCAUCCUAGCAGCACUUACGGCUUUCACAGUAUCUUCAAGAGCAGCUCAUCUUUCACAUAUGGAAGAUUUGGGUAUUUUUUUAAAAAAAUGUUCUUGCUGGAACCCUCACCUAUAUUGGUUACUGUGUAAGGUAACCAAACAACAACCUCACAGAGCUGAAUAAAAACUCAAUAUUAACAUGGGCUGUCGGGUGAGAAUACUUCCUGCCAUUGAAGCUUUAUUUUUGUUAAUGAACCAAAACAAGUGGGUUUUUCCUCCUUCAAAUGGUUGUACAUAAAAACAAUGGGACUUAUGUUUUGUUAGUGUGGAGCAGCUGCUUGUAUAGGUGUAGUAAGAAUUUGACCCCCUUUCUUUUUCAACUUGUCACAGCAACUGGCCCUGUAUUUCAGUAGACGUUCCUUCUCACCUUUUCCCAAUAGUCCAGGGAAGCUGGGUGUCUUUAUUAAACCCAUUGGUGUAAAAUAAUGUUAAAGACUGGCAUGUGUAAAGAUCAACACCUCUUCUUCAAACGUUGCAUUAUCUCAGUGAUUAGUUUGAAGAUUUAAUGACUUCAAACCUCAUCACUUUUUUUUUAAUUCUCUGUAAGACUCAGUCAACAUACAGUUGAAUUAGCUGGACAGGUUCUUGCUGCUAAAAAAGUUUGUUCUACUAGUUGAAUUCUUGACUCCUGUUAUGUUGAUAAGGAGCACCAAUAAAAAAACCAAGGAGCUAGUGCCUGCAAGUUUUAAAACAGGUAAUUGAUCCCAUUGUAUAUAGUGUAACUAGCUGCCUGGAACCUCUAAUUUGCAGUGUCAAAACCUAGGUCUGUAACCAAUAAAAAGAUAAGGAAUUCAACCAAAAUACAUACUAACCAGUAAGUGUAAGAACCACUUCAUUAUAGGGUGUAGAAAUAAAAAUGUAAUAGUCGUUUAUUUAAAAAAGAAGAAAUUAAGAACAAGAUACCAUCCCCACCCACCCCAGCCACUCACCAGUAAUUUACUUCUUACUAUUGCUCAGUCAGCAGAUACAGAGCUGGCUAACUGUAGCUCUAAUAAGUACUUGCAUCCAGUGUAAGUCUGAAAAAUCUAUUCUAAAUAUGACUGUCUCCUUUAAAAUAUGACAGUUUCAGAGGAUUCCUGAUUUUUGUUUUGCCUGUUUUUUCAUUGCCCUCCAGUUUCUACUAGCCAUUACUUUUCUUCCUCCUGUACAAUGUAUACCCUGAGAUUUUCGUACCAGAAAAGGUGGUGUAUUUUUGCCCCUUCCAGAGAAGGGCAAAUCAGACACAUCAUUCUUUAACAUCUGAUGUUUAACAGAGGGUUACUUUAAUCUAUCUGCUCGCAAGCCUAUUUUAACUUUGGUGGUAUCUCUGGAUUAAAGCAGAGAAUUUAAGCACAUUGGGAGCAGGGUUAAUUUAAAGCAAUGUAAAUGUUGCCAACACUUGUAGAAAGUUAGCUGUGUUGAUGACAUGCUUACUAUUUUAGGAGUAUAUUAGACUAGCAGGUCCUCUCAACAAGAUAAACUAAGCUAAUCAGACUACUAUUCGCACCAACUAUGAAGCUCUCAAACAAACAUUUCCCUUAUCAAACUUCUCCCAAAAUCUAUGUGGUGACGUUAAGCAAAGUCUGCUUCAUUCCACCUGCAGAUAUCACCUACAAGGGAUGUAGUGCUGUAAUUGAGGUCCAGUAGCGUUACAAAUCCAAAAAAAGCCAAUUUACAGGGUAGCCAGUUAGUUCAACUGAAUAACCUUUAUACUUGUAGGGUAUAAUCUGUAUUUUUUAAUGAUUUUAUUUGGCAGCAUAGGUCUUCAAUGCAAGAUGUGUAUUUUUGAUUUAACAGAAGAACAUAACAGUGUUGGUUGGUUGUUUUUAGUCUUGCUACUCUUCAUACCUAGCUCCAUUUGAGCUAAAAAGUGUCUUCCUGGGGGAAAAUGACACUCAAUGACUUUACAGGAUGACUUGGGUGCUAAAAUUUCAGUUGUCUAAAAAGUUUUAUAUGCAUAUUUAAAUUCACUUAACUAUGUGCUAAGUCUUCAGUGAAAGCUACGUGAGGAGCUUUGUACAUUAAGUUGGACGGAAGCAUCCCUUGAAAUAGCAGCCAUUAAAUUGAUAUAUCUGGGGGUAAUAGCCUAAGUUAAUUUCCUCAAGAUUGAAGCCCUGGGCUCUGCCAUCCUUUGGCAAAGAAAGCAUCCACUGAUUCCAAACAGACUUUGCUUGUUUAGGGAAAGCAGAAUCACAUCCUCGACAUUUUUUGGAGUGACUGAAGAGCAUUUCCAUGAAAGUUUCUGAAAUGCUGUGGUGUAACCAGUUUCAGUUGGCUCUUUGCACCUUGAUAAGACUGCUGAGCACAACCCUGUUUGAGAAUGGCACAUUUUUACCCAAAUAUUAAGAUAUUAAAAAAAAGAAAAAAAAAAUCAGUGUUAAAGUGACCUUUUAUCUUUUUAGAAACUGUCGGGGAAGAGUACUACUGAUCUUUUUCAAAGUGCAUGACUGUAAAGUGAUAAAAUUGUAUAUUUUUCAUAAUGUGGGGAAAGUCUAUCCGUGCUGCUUUGGAAAUCAGUUUGAAGUUUGAUUUCUGUUAAACCUGUGAUAUUACAGCCCUGCUAUAUUUUCUGUAUAUGAUUUACAAAGAACUGGAAAAGUUAGCACCUGCUGUUGUGUAUAUAGCAAAAUUCUUUGGACCUUAGCACACGUUUUUACCUAUUAUUGAACCACUCUGGCUUUUUUGGGGGAAGGAAAAUAAUAGUACAGAUUUUUUUGAUAAUGUGUGUAAAACAUUCAUUUGAAAUAUUUUAGUAAAAAUGAAGUAAGAGAUUGUGACAGUGUAUACUUUUAGUUGAAUAAAAUAAAAUUACGUUCUUUUUAAAUAAACUGAUGAAUAAGGUUUGGAA